AUGCUGCGCCCACACCGGCUCCGGGAGGUUUAUUGUUUAGGAGCUAAAAAACAGCCGAGGCAGUACGAGCACGUCAGGCGGGAUGUGGACCCCGAGGAGGCCUGGCUGGUGCUGGGCGAGCUGGGCGACGGCGCUUUUGGCAAGGUCUUUAAGGCACAGAACAAGGUGACGGGGACGUUGGCGGCCGCCAAGGUGAUCGACACCCCGAGCGAGGAGGAGCUGGAGGACUACGUGGUGGAGAUCGAGAUCUUGGCUUGCUGCGACCACCCCAACAUCACCAAGCUGCUGGAUGCGCUCUACUGGGACGGGCGGCUCUGGAUCCUGGUGGAGUUUUGUCCCGGAGGGGCCGUGGAUGCAGCAAUUUUGGAGCUGGAGAAAGGCUUGACGGAGGAGCAGAUCCGAGCGGCUUGCAAGCAGCUGCUGCUGGCGCUGCAGUACCUGCACGGUUGCAAGAUCAUCCACAGGGACGUGAAGGCUGGUAACAUCCUGCUGACCCUCGACGGGGACGUCAAGCUGGCCGAUUUUGGCGUCUCGGCCAAAAAUUCCAGCACCGUCCAGCGGCGGGUGUCCUUCAUCGGCACGCCGUACUGGAUGGCCCCGGAGGUGGUGCAGUGUGAGACGUCCAAGGAGAGCCCCUACGGCUACAAGGCUGACAUCUGGUCACUGGGCAUCACGCUGAUUGAGAUGGCCGAGAUGGAGCCCCCCUACCAUGAGCUGAACCCACUCCGGGUGCUGCUGAAGAUCGCCAAGUCCCAGCCACCCACCCUGCGUCACCCCAAGAGGUGGUCUGAAGACUUCAAGGACUUCCUGAGGAAAUCCUUGGAGAAGAGCCCCGAGGCGCGGUGGUCAGCCAGCCAGCUCCUGCAGCACCCCUUCGUGGCGGGCAUCUCCGACAAGCGGCCGCUCCGGGAGCUGGUGGCCGAAGCCUGGGCUGACGUGCUGGAGGAAGAGGAUGAGGAUGAAGGUGCGGUCCCCUUGCCUGGGCAGGAGCACGGAGAGUCCUCCUGCCCCCCGACCCCGGGGGGUCCCCCGGAGCAUCAGCCCCCAGACAGAGCAAGGAGAGUCGGCGCGGAGCCGGGCAUCCCAUCUGACAUCCAGGUGGUGGCAGAGCCCAGGACCAAGAGAGUGUCCGACUUCUUGAAGCAAAUGAGGAGGAGGUCCUCGCCCGAGCCCACGGGCUCCAUGAGGCUCCCUGCGAAGAGGCCGUCCGAGUUUCUGAAGCUGAUGCGGCGCAGAUCGUUUUUUGGAGGGAUGAAGUCCCAAGAAACAGCUAAGGAGCAGCACGGGGCAGAGCCGAAUGGGUUGGAGAUUACGGUGCUGGAUGCUCCUCAAGGGCCAUCAGUCCCAGCAGAGGCAGGAGGAGAAGUUCAAGGGUGUCAAGAGGAGGAGACCAGCCCUCUGGGGACCCCCUGCAAUGUGGCCGAGCUCCCCUCGGGGCCACAGCGGGCAGGAGACCUUGCUGAACUGCAAGAGCUGAAGGCAGAGCAGGUUGGACCCAAGGCAGAGCCCCAGGAGGAAAGCCAACAGGCCAACGCAUCACCGGUGGCCGAAACACCUACGGAGGGACAGCUUGCAGCCCAACCGAGCCCUGUUUUGACCCCCAAAAUGGAUACAAAGAAGGAAUCAAGCAGAGACCCUACUUUUAACUCACUGGCCCUGCCUGCACCCACGGAUGGGGACUGGCGCAGAGGCUCGGCCAUGGGGCAGCUGGUGGCAGCCCUGGACCUGUGGACCAUGGGGACCAAAACCCAGAGCUUCAAGUCGCUGGCAGAGCAUCAGCACCGGGUUACUCGGUCAUUGCUAGACCUGAAGGUUGAGGUUGGCUCCACUGGGGCUGAAGAUGGCCUUGGGAAGGAUGGUGAUGGAGCAGGGAGGGCACCCAUGGGACCUGAGGGUGCUGGAGAGCCUGGGGAGACUGAGCUGGUGGAGGAGAGAGUGCCAUGGGGUGACGAAUCGCUGAUGCCCAGUGUGACGGAGGAGGUAGUGGUGGGGUCAGACGUUCUCAAGGAGUGGCAAGAGCCUCCGGAUGCUCUGGGAGAGGCCGGAGAGAGGAACAAUGGGGAGACAAACUCAGCCAUGUGCGAGCCCAUCGCUGACCCUCUGGACCUGGUUGAGCAGGAGGUGGGGAGGAAUGAGGAGGAAGCCACAGACAACGCUGAAACUGGGGUGGAAACUUCUCCCAAGGAAGCCCUGGUGCCAGCAGAAGUGAAAUUGGAAGAGGGUGUUGUAAAAAGGUGUUUGACUGGAGACCGUAAACCAGUGGGAGAUGCAGCCAGCCCGGGGGGAGUGAUGCUGGCAGGAGAGGAACCGGAGGCAGCCUCCGUAGCGUGGGCAGGAGGGCGACCUGCAAGUGAGGAGGCCCAAAAUUCAGCAGAGGAUUCGUCCCCCGUGGAGGAGAUCCUGGGGUGUCUUGAAGAAGAAACAGAAGAGAAAGCUGAAAACAGCCCCAGAGAAAACCAGCCAGGAGCGGCUCAUGGGAAUGGCUGGAAAGGACAAGAUGGAAAUGAUGGAGAGCUUGGAGAAGAUGGGGUGCAGGUUGCUCCAGCUCCUGAAGGGCCAUCAAGGGAUGGACCUGGAGAGGAGAUGGGUGGCUUGGAGGGUCACGGAGCAGUGCCAGAGCCCCAGGAGGCCCUUGGUGGACAUCCAAAGGCCACAAAGACUGUGAGCUUUGAUGCUGCCCUUGUCCGCACCUCUUCCCAGGCGCGGGCAGCGUGGGAAGCAGGGAACACAGAUCCAUCCAUCACGUCAAAGCAAGGAGAGGAGCCAUCCCCUGUGGAAAAUCCUGCAGAUGUACAAGGUCCAAGUGCCCUCCCUGCAGCAGCGCAGCCUUUCCCCUCUGCCGGGGAAGCCCAGCAGGAACCUGCCUCGCUCCAAAGGACAGUCAAGAAAACCCGGAGGUUUAUGGUGGAUGGGGAGGAGGUGAGAGUGACAACUGCCAGGACCGUCGGCAAGGCUGGGGCGAGGGACGAGAUGGUGCGCUCGGCUCGGCGCCAGGAGCUCCGCGAGCUGCGAGUGCUGCAGAAGGAAGAGCAGCGAGCUCAGAGCCACCUGGAGCAGAAGUUUCACCAGCAGCGGGAGCAGAUGUUUCGUCACAUCGAGCAGGAGAUGAUGAACAAGAAGGAGUUUUACGACCGGGAGGUGGAGAGCUCGGAGCGGUGCUACCGGCAGCUGAAGGAGCGCCGGGAGCUUGAGUACACGGCGAGGCUGCAAGACGAGGCCAAGCGCCUCAAGUCCCUCCAGGAGAAGGACUGUGGGAGGAGGAUGCAAGAGCUGAAGGGCGACGGGAGAGAGGAGCAGCGGUUCCUGCAGCAGCAGCAGGAGGAACUCAACGCAGCCCUGCAGAGGGUCGUCCAGGAGCACAAGAAGAAGAUGACGUCCAUCGACUGGGAGUACAUCAGCAAGAUCCAUAGCCUCAGGAGAGCCCGCGAGUCGGUGGUGUGGAGCAUGGAGCAAGGGCACCUGCAGGAGAAGUACAAGCUCUUCAGGCAGCAGGUAAAGGAGCAGCACGUGCUGCAGAGGCAGCAGCUCCGCAAGCGCCAUGAGAAGGAGACAGAGAGGAUGAACCGCUUCCACCAGCUCUUGCUGGAGGAUCUGAGGAGCCAGCAGGCGCAGGAGCGGGCUCUGCUGCUAAAAAGCCAGCGCUGCGAUGCCAAAAUCCGCCUGGCCCUCUUCAAGGACAACCUGAAGAUCCAGGAGGCUAAUGGGGCCAAGCAGAGGGAGAGGGCCAAGCAGUUCAUGCAGCAGGAGGAGAGGCGGCAGCGAGCAGAGGCGCAGCAGCAGCAGGAGCAGCAGGCGCCGCCGCUGCGCAUGCUGGAGGAGGAACUGGGGAACUCGCUGCCGGUGCAGCGGCGAGGAGGGCGGCACGCCCCCCAGGGCAGCAACAGGAUCACCCGCUUCUUCCACCUCCUCUCCUGA